AUGUUUUUUUUUAUUAUUUUAACAGUUAUUAAUGUUGAAGGAAGAUAUCUCUAUGAUAUUAUUGAUGCACAAGACAAUGUACUUAAUUCUAGAAAUGAGGAGAAAUCAUACAAGUACUUUAAAUAUGUUAGUAAUGAAUAUCAAACUGAAUAUUAUCCUCUUAAUAGUUGUAUUGGUUUUACUGAUUAUGCUGCUUAUUUCUUUUAUAACAACAAUACACAUAUGAAUUUCACUUCUUAUGCUACUAUGGAAAACUGUAAAAAUGCAAUUAAUCCAAUUGAAAACCGUACUCUUCAAAUUAACUAUUCUACUGUUGAUGAAAUCAGAGACUCUCAUUUUCUCAUUUAUGUCUAUUAUGAUAAAGGAUGUAAAAACUUACAAUAUAUUUUUGGUAAAAAGAAAUUAUGUUUUCCUCAGGAUGGAAGAUGGUGGAAUUUUACAAUAGUAAAGAAUACAAUCAAAAGUGGGGAAUACUCCGACUCAUCUUGUUUAGACAUUGUUAAUAAUUUCACUCACGACUUAAA